CAGUCUCAGCUGAUUGGCUCAUCUCAGCCAAUCGUAGCAAACCUUGGUGAUGACAUCAUUUUGCCGUGUUAUCUGGAGCCGGCGGUAAAUGCUGCUGGUUUGACGUUGGAGUGGACGAGGCCCGACAUGGACCCCAGAUUCGUCCGUGUGAUGCGGCUUGGAAAUGAACUUGUGGAUAAAAAACACAAUUUUUUCAAGGGAAGAACAUCAAUGUUCACCGAUGAGAUGAAGAACGGAAACAUUUCCAUGAAACUCUCCAACGUACAACUCUCUGAUCAGGGGAAAUACAGAUGUUUCAUUCCAGCGCUUGGCAGGCAAGCUUUUGUUCAACUGGUUUUUGCAUCCGGUCCUUCCUCUCCGCCUGUCAUCAGUUUAUCAGGGCUGGACGGUCAGAGUGGAGGAGUGGUGCUGCAGUGUGAGUCUGCAGGCUGGUAUCCGGAGCCUGAGGUGUUGUGGCUGGACGCUGAGGGAAAGCUCCUCUCUGCUGGACCUCCAGAGACAGUCAGAGGUCCUGAUGACCUCUAUACUGUCAGCAGCAGAGUGACUGUGGAGAAGAGACCCAGCAACAGCUUCACCUGCAGAGUCCAGCACCACAACACCAACCACAUCACACAGACACACUUCAGCAUUUCAGAUGAUUUCUUUAAGCUCCAGUCCAGUUCUUCUUCCGUCAAUAUUGGACUGGCUGUCAGUUUGGCUGUUUGCAUUCUGUUAAUGUUGGCGGUUUCUUUCUUCUUUUUGUGGAAGCGGAGACAAAACAUAUUCAAUACCAUAAGAAACCUUUCAGAAUGCUUUAAAACGAAUAAAACAAAAGAUCAGAUUUCCGCUGACGAAGAAAAAGGGAAGCUUACGACACCUGAAACUGUGCCAAUGGAGACUUUGAAGGAUAAAGGAGAAGAACUGAGCAAACAGUUUGAGAAUCAGUCUAAAUAUUUGAGCUGA